GAAUGAAUGAAUGUUUUAAAACUGUAAAAAUGGGGGAAAUAUACCACUAUUUACCAUAUUUGCAAAAUAUCAAAGUUGCAUUUUUCACAAUGCAGUUUGGACACCCCUGGUCUACAGUAAACGUUCAAACCUGACGCAUAUUUUUGCACCAAAAUCUUCACUGAUCAAGUUUCUAAUAACGCCGUGACGUCCGUAAAGUGCUGCAAACUACCACGUUUUGCAUUUUCUUUCAGACUUUUUUUUUGCAUAACGGCCCGACUUAUCUCAAUGCUCCGUGGUGAGAGCCCCCAGCGUUCUUCUGUUGGACUUUAACUGCCAUGCAAAUGAGCAGGUGGACGUUUGGCUGCCAGUGAUAAAGUAUACGCCGUGGACAGGCCGGCGCUUGUUUGCAGCACACAUAGGCCGCCAUAUUACCCCCCGCCCUUUUCAUACCAGAGAAGAAAAAACUGUCAAUAAGCUUCCAACCCCCACGGCCAGCUGAUGCUGCAAAGCGGAGAUGCUGGAAGUGGAGGUGGGGAGGGCGGCAGAUGGCAGGUCUGCCCCCGUCAUGUCUGCUUUUUGGGGGGAGAACAAUGCAUCUCUCAGAGCUGCUGCAAAAAGGAGGGGAGUGAGGGGGGUUCGAGGCGGUGGACAGCUGGCAGGCAGCGUGCCUCGUAGACCACCACAACCCCCCUCCCGAGCCACUCGCGCUGCAAUUACCCGGCACGAGUCUUGGCUUAAAUAUUUACCAUGCGAAGAAAAAGACGACAAUGAUUAAACCACCUGUGCUCACCUGGCGUCUUUACACCGAGUCUGGCCAGGACAUGUGACACAUUUUCUUAGAUUACAGCCUGAUUCCAAAAUAGAAUAAAUUCAUUUUUUAACUCAGAAUUCUACGCGUAACACCCCAUAAUAAUGACACGAAAACAGAUUUUUGGAAAUGUUUAAAAAUGCAUGUAAAUAUGUAUUCAUAUCCACAAAAAUGAGGUCAAGUACAUCCUGUUGCCUCCGAUCAUCAGUGAGAUUUUUCUACAGCUUCAUUGGUCCCCCCUCUGGUCAAUUCAAUUGUGUUGGCAGGGGUGUCCAAACUAUUAUUUUGUAAAGUACAUAUGAUAAGAUGGCAUCCUAGCUUUGUCAUACAGGUGAAAAGCAUAUUAUUAAUAUCAACUUCACACUUUGUUGUGAGUGUGAAUGGUUGUUUGUCUAUAUGUGCCCUGUGAUUGGCUGGCCACCAGUCCAGGGUGUACCCCGCCUCUCACCCAAAGACAGCUAGGAUAGGCUCAAGCACCCCCCGCGACCCUCGUGAGGAAAAAGCAGUAGAAAAUGAAUGAAUGAAUGAACUUCACACUGUGUUGUGAGUGUGAAUGGUUGUUUGUCUAUAUGUGCCCUGUGAUUGGCUGGCCACCAGUCCAGGAUGUACCCUCGUGAGGAUAAGCGGUAGAAAAUUAAUUAAUGCACUUCACACAAUUUUUCCAUUUUUUCCCCCCAAAUAUUUCAACUUUUGGUGGAAAUUAUUUUUGUGAAUUUUCUUUUUGGAAUAUUUUGACUUUAUUCCCAUAAUAUUAUAAUUUUUUUCUUCAACCUAAUUUUCCAAAUUCUUGUUUGCUCUCCCCAUGCAUACGUGGAUACUCCGGUUUCCUCCCACAUUCCAAAAACAUGCUAGGUUAAUUGGCGACUCCAAAUUGUCCAUAGGUAUGAAUGUGAGUGUGAAUGGUUGUUUGUCUAUAUGUGCCUUGUGAUUGGCUGGCCACCAGUCCAGGGUGUAACCCGCCUCUUGCCCAAAGACAGCUGGGAUAGGCUCCAGCACCCCGCCGCGAUCCUCGUUAGGAUAAGCGGUAGAAAAUUAAUUAAUGCACUUCACGCAAUUUUUCUGUUUUUUUCCCAAAUAUUUCAACUUUUGGUGGAAAUUAUUUUUGUGAAUUUUUUGGGGGGUUAUUCCCAUAAUAUGUCAAAUAUGUCAAAUAUUUUGACAACUUCCACUUGGACCGACCCACCAUUAGCUAGGUGAGCCCAACACAUAACAGGCUUUGCUACACAUCUUAAAAUAAAGCUGUCAGUUGUGGGAGCUGUGCGGUAAGUUUGAUUGUUUAGGUUUUCUUCAGCAUUUCGCUGUUUUAAAUAAGAGUGUAAUGUUAGCGCUUAGCUAUGCUAGUGUUGCAACAUUGUGUACUCUUUCUAUGUAAAGCACGCUAAAGAUCAAGGUAUGCUAAGCAGUUAAAUAUCAUUGACUACAUAGCAAAUAGAAACCAAUACAUGUUUAAAUAUUAUGCUUGUGUUGUAUAUACAUAAACAUAUACAUAUAUGUGUGUAUAUGUAAUUGUUGAAUAAUAGAAUGGAUCCUUAAUACUAUAGUAUUGAAGUAUAAUAACAGUGAGCACACAACAGUGUGGAUAGACAUGGGCAGACUCCACCCCCUUCUCUUUGCCACGCCCCCUGUUCUCCUCCCCCCUCCUCAACGUUUGAUCCUCAGGGACAUGAAGCCUCAGCAUUCCACUCAUUCCAGCCUUCCAACAAUCAUCCACUGAGUCUUUAUGAGCAGUGUGCUCGCUCGGAGGACACACACACCGAGGAACGGACACGGAGAGGAACACGCGUGGACCGCACGUUCCUCACUUUUGGACUGGACUUGAGGAUUCUAUUGUUGUUGGACCAUUACUGCUACACUGUUGGAGGUUAUAGUGUUCGAAGAAGUGGGAUGAGACCAGGAUUGGAUUGGUUGUAAUUCCCGUUCAAAGUAAAGUCCCCCCUUUGACAUGAGAACCGCAGAGGCGGCCCCCGCAACAGUCCUGCAUCGCCUCAUCCAGGAGCAGCUUCGCUUCGGGAAUCUGGCGGACACCCGCGCACUAUUGGCGAUCCAGCAGCAGGCCCUGCGUGGGGGGGGAAGCGCAGGUGUUGGAGGUGGCGGCGGGACAGGCACCGGUAGUCCUCGCUCCUCUCUGGAGAGCCUGACUCAGGAGGAGUCCCCGUACAUGCACGUGUCCACAAGGCAGGACCCUCAAGGCCAGGAGUACCAGGGGAGCAGCGUUCAGCAGGAAAAGCCGCUGAGGAAUUCCUUGCAGCUCCAUGGAGAGGAGCUUCCCACCUACGAGGAGGCCAAGUACCUGAUGUCCCAGAAGGGGGACGCGAUGUCCGGGUGUGCUGAGAAAGGACAAUGGGAUGCCAAACGGGAGCACGCACGCUCCCUCAGCGAGCGCCUCAUGCAGUUGUCUCUGGAGAGGAGCACGCAGAGGAACGUUGGGGCUCUGAGCUCCUCGCUCAGCUUCCCUCAGCUCUACAGCACCACACACAUCCCUGAAGGAGCCACACUGGACCCGAGAGGACCGCCGCCGGAAUACCCACUUCCCCAGGAAGUCUGCUUCCAAGAACCUCCUCCCCCUUUUUACCCUCAACACAGGAACGCUCACAUUCCCAUGACGGCGGCUUCCAGUGACAUGUUAAUGUGGGAGAACCAAAGGCUGAGGCAGGAAGUGGAGAUGUACGCCGAGAAGGCCGCACGCUUGAUCAAGCUGGAGAAGGAGAUUGAGAGGAUUUCCGAGGCUUACGAGACGCUGAUGAAGGGCUCUGCCAAGCGGGAAGCUCUGGAGAAGACGAUGAGGAACAAGCUGGAGGCCGAGAUGAAGAGGAUGCACGACUUCAACCGGGAUCUGAGAGAACAACUAUGCACGGCUACCAAACACAGAGCGGCCAUGGAAGCAGAAUGCUCGGACCGCAAGCAGCACGUCUUCUUGAAGCUGCUGGAACAAAAUGAGGAGCAGCAGCGUGAGAAGGAACGACUGGAGAGGAACAUCCAGCACUUGCGUCUCUCGGCCGAGGAGAGCCAGCGAGCACGCGAGCUCCUGGAGAAGGCUCUGCUGUCGUCGCACGCUCGCAACCGGCAACUUGAGGAGGAGCUUCAAAGGAAGCGGGCCUACGUGGAGAAGGUGGAGCGCCUUCAGAGCUCGCUGGCCCAGCUGCAGGCAGCGUGCGAGAAGCGGGAAGCGUUGGAGCUGCGGCUGCGCACCAGGCUGGAGCAGGAACUGAAGAGCAUGCGCGCACAACAGAACCAGACCUCGGGCCCUGUGGCUUCUGAGCCUAGCUCCUCCUUGUCGCAGCAGCAGCUGAGGGAGCGAGAGGAGCGUAUCUUGGCCCUGGAGGCCGACAUCACCAAGUGGGAGCAGAAGUAUCUGGAGGAGAGCACCAUGAGGCAGUUUGCCAUGGACGCCGCCGCCACUGCCGCAGCCCAGAGAGACACAACCAUCAUCAACAGCUCGCCUGGACAUUCACCUGACAGCAGUUUUAACGAGGAUCUGCCUCCUUCCAGUCCCAGACACCAGGAGAUGGAGAACAGAAUCCGAGCCUUGCAUGUUCAGCUCCUGGAGAAGGACGCCAUGAUCAGGGUCCUCCAGCAGCGCUCCAGAUGGGAGCAGAGCAAGCUGGAGAAACAGGGGCUCCGGCUGGCCAGGUCCGUCCCGUCCAUCUCCACGGCGAGCGGCGGCACUGAGACAAAAGGAAAGAGCCUCUCGGAUGACCAGACAAGUGGCGCCGUGCUGCGACACCGGGACUCCAGCACCCAAUGCGACGAGGCCCCGCUCGGGACGGCUGCCACCGGCGCCUCAGAGGAACCGGACCUCAGAGUAGUCAAGAGCAUCAACAGAACAGAUGCAGACAUGGUGGAGAUCCUCAUUUGAUCCUCAUCCACGUGACUCUGAAGUAGCUUUCCAACCUUGCGGAGUUGAGCUCACAAGCCCGGAACGCCUUGAGGAAUGUGAGAUGUUAGCACACGUCUGUCUGUGUCUUAUUUAUUUCUUAUGUGUCAUUGCUGCUCAUGUUGUUUAUGCUAAAUGUUUUUUUAAUUAUUGUCCUUUUAAUUUAAAUGAAGCAAUGGGAGUGACUGUCGUGGGUGGAAGCAUCUCUUCUGUGUAACAGAGCGACAUAUUUAACUUAUUAUUUAUCUUUGGCUUGUAGCGUAGCAGAGCAUCCAGACGUGUCAAAAGUCCAUGUAGUCGUUCUUGUAAAGACUUUCUAGCAGAUCCGAAAGGACAAAACAUGUACAAUUUGGUGGAAUCAUGUGUUUUUAUUGUCACCAUCUUGUCUUCCUAUCACACCAAUGCUGCCGUUUGGUGGUAGCGGGUCUGGGGCUGCACGAGUGCUGCCGGCUACUGGGGAGCUGCGGUUCGUUGAGUGUAAACAUGGAGUGUGACAAGAUGGAAGUGUGUGUGUGUGUGUGUGUGUAAGAUUAUUUUUUUAAUAGAUGGUACUAGCAGGUACUGUUCAUGCUGUUGUCUGUGGCUGCACGAGUGCUGCUGUGUUAUAAAUGUGAGAAAAGUGGCGGCCCUUAUUUAUGUAAAACAGGGUCCUUGGCAGUUUUAGCUAUGGAACAUGGGCAGCUAAACCGAACGUCAAACAUACAGUAGCGAUUCAUACAGGAAAUGGUCAACUUGCUUUCAGGAAGUGCUUAUUGUAUUUGCUAAUAGCAUCUUAGCAAGUACUCUAACACAAAAGAGCACAGGGUCAUCAACUUCACUCACUCACAGAGUGAUAACAAACGCAAGGCAUGCUGGGCAGCCCACACGCACACCUAGCAUGGGGUUAGAGUUGAUGACCCCCUGUUCUUUUGUGCUGUUUGUAAAGAGCACACCGAUGGGGGGGGGGGUUUCCACACAGCGCACCGUUGAAGCUAGGAGCGCCACCGCACAGGGGUCACAUCCCAGUUCGGAACGCGCUCGCCUCUCACUGGAAGCUAAUCUUCUGACAUUCCUCGCCGAGGGAACGCUCCCGUUAAAGAAAAAAGGCUAUCUAAAGUCUGACCCUUCGCCCUUGUUAAAAUGGCGCACAUUCUCCACAUGAUUCCCUUCCUGGGCUCUCGGACCCGUGGCGGCCGGUUCCGCCAUCAGCGUGUAUUAUUGGAGCGCAUUUGCCAUUCUAUUUGUCGUCCCCCGUCACCGUGCAGUGCUCAAGCAUCCUCAGCAUGGAUUCUAUUCUAUUUAUUUCUGCCUGAUGGCUCAACACGUCUGAAUGUAGACUCCCGUUGGCUUGGAAUGUGUGUGUUUUUUUUAUUCAACUGGAAUGUGCUACAGGUCACAUUUGUUCCACUCUGGAAGGGGAAUACCACCCAAAUAAAGAGCAUGGCCAAGAGGCCGGUCUAGUCCGGUUUGGAAGUGUUGCAUUCUUGGUUAAUUCUGACACUUAAUGCUUCCCCUUCAAGCGUUCACGUCUCACCCCCCCGCCCCUGCCAUGGUGCAUUAGCUGGUCAAUGCAGUGUGACAGAAAUGUCCCUCAGAAUGUGUUUACAUGGAAUGUGCCUGUUUCACAUUUUUUCCGUGCAUUUGUGUCGUUUCCUGGUGCCAAAGAUGUACUUUUUAUUGUUGAAGCUGUAACCCCCCCCCCCACACACACACACACAAACAAAAGGUUCUGAUGACAUUGCUGUGAACUUGUAAAGUAUGUAUUCCUUAAUAUGUCACCACAAAAGAUAAAAAGUAUUAAUAUAUGCCCAAUCAAGUGUUCUUUUUCUUUCAUGUUGAUGCAAGCCCUUCACCUUGCACGUGCCUCACCUUCCAGCAGGCAAAAUAUACUUUACAGUAAUGGUGUCCAAACUGUGGCCCUUAGUUUUUAUUGGCCUGUUCAUAUUCAUCAUUUAACCACAAAACUACAAAACAAAAACAGCCUAUGAAAAGUCAAAAUAUUAAAUGAAAGAAGUUGUAGUGUAACAAGAAACAUUUAGAAUAAUGCAAUAUGAGGAAUAAUUUCAUUUCAGCAGCAUAUUGUGGAAAUAUUAAGGAAAAUUGUAUUUUACAUGAAGUGUUAUGAGAAA